AUGCCUGACAAAUUGACAAGCAACAAAAAAGCAAAAGCCCCUUCGCUAAGCAAGAGAGUUUAUCGCAUCCAGCCCGUCCUGGGAUGCAAACGAGCGACCCGUGCUUGGUAUCGAGUUGUGUAUAUUAUCUUCAUAGAUGGCGUAUUCGGAACCAGAACCAAAAAUUGGAGAGUGCUGCAAGGAGUAGAAAGACGAUGUCGAGGAACAGCAGAAGAAACGCUCUUCAAGGGGCCAACAUUGUGUAGCGUGGAUAGCGUGUCUAGCGUGCAGACGAAGCAGCGAAGCAGGGAACCAGCCAGGAAGGGGAGCCAGGAAGCCAGGAAGCCGCUGACCCUGCCAGGCGAGUGA